CAUUACUCCCACAUAUUCAGUCGGUGAUUCAAGGGUAAGUUAGAUGACAUCACAGUCUCGUGUAUUAUAAAGAGUCAGAGUAUGUGACCAAGAGCAGCAGAUGUAAGCUUCUUAGGCAAAGACAAAAACUGUAUCAACAGAAGAUUGUGUUUUACUAAAAAGAGGAAUAUCUUCAAGUUGAGGGAUCUUUACAGAAGAUUUACAUAGAAGAAAGCCACAAAGGAUAUAAGGAAAUACUGCAAGAUACGUAUAUAUUAUACCUAAAAAGAACAAGAACUGUGCAGCUAUUAUGUUUCUACACAUAUCUUUUCUAUUUUCUCCACUUUUCCUUCUGUUCCAUCUUUGUGGCACCAUUACAGGUUUAUCCCUUGAAAACAUGUCAACCCCAUUGGACAGAAAUGACACUCUGCCACGGAAUAGAGAGAUGAGCUUUUCUUCUACUUCUUUACCACAUGGAAUGAGCAAUGAAGCUUCUGUCCCUCAAGCACUUGGUAUAACACGGAGUCAGAAAACAACGCAGGAACACAUUCUGUAUAUAACUGAACAUGUUGACUAUGAUGAUGAUGAUUACUAUGAAGACGGUGAUAAUGAGGUUUUCACUGUGCCCCCGCAUGUGUCUUUUAAAGCUUGUCCAUAUGAUCGCUGCAAACACCUCCAGCUACCUUGUGAUGAGAUACAGAAGAGGUCUGGGGGGAACUGCCUUUGUCCUGGGAUUAGUGGAAACUCAGUUCCUCCUGAUGCCCCCCGUUUGAAACAGGUCAUCCCUGGGCAGUCUGGAAUUGGAGUUAGCUGGUGUUCUCCUCUUUCAACCGUGCAGUCAUAUAGAGUGCUGUAUGGUACACCUGAAGAACCACUGGAGAUGGGACCCUUACUGAAUCAGUCAUAUCGCUUCUUCUCAAUAACAAAUCUCCUUCCAGGAACUCCUUAUAGGGUGUGUGUGGUAGCCAUAAAUGAUGCAGGAGAAAGUCAGGUUGAGCCUGGAGAUGAAAAAGAUGAAGAGCUGGACCAGGGAGAAAUUGUAGGUCCAUGUGGCACAUUUCAUACCUCACAUGGAUCUUAUUUGUAUUUGGCAAUUGGAUGCGGUUUGGCAAUACUUGCCGUCGUAUUGGGGGUUUCUGUCCUUGUUUAUUGGUUUCGGAGAAAAAAGAAGGUUAGGGGUAUUAGAAGGAAAAGCGGGGAUGAAAUGGGGGUAACCAAUAUGUCAUUUAAGGCCGGAAGCAUUGAAAUCCUCUAAGAAAGAAAAAACACCAACAAGUCUAAUCAUACGCACAGAAGAGCGUCACAUAGAUGCAUGCUUCCAAAAGGUGUAGUCCAGAGGAAGUAAUAAAUCCAAUAGUUACUUUAUUUAAAUUCUCACAUAUCAGAGUAUCUGAGACUUCAAAUAAAGAAACUAUCUGGAAACGAUGUAUCUAUCUAUGUGAUGCCCUCCUGUGCGACUGAUUAGCCUGGUUGCUGUUUUUUGUCCUGCCUUGUCCAGCGAGCAAAAUCAAGGAGAUUGUGGUAUUGGCUGCAGUUACCAUUAUUUGAUGGCCUUCAAUAGUGUUGUUCCCAUAGAACAACCAUUAAAGGAGAUCAUUCUUAAUCUGUGGUGUUCAACAUGACAUACUAACCCUAUAAGCACCUUUCUCCCUUCUUGCUGCUACACACAGCCUAUAAGAAAGAUAAAGUUUCUUUUUGUACGCCUUUUAUUAAAUGGGUUAUCCCACAAAAAAUAUUUUACAUUUUUUAAACUAGCACCUGGAUCUGAAUUAUUUUUUAAUUGCAUGUAACUAAAAAUAUAGCA